AUGGCGUCUGGAGACCCCAUGAUGAACGGCGACAUCUCUCGCUCUCCCAGCCAGUCUGGCACGCUGGAGGAAACCCUUCAGCAGAUGAACAUCCUCAUCCAGGAGAACCGAGACCUGAAAGAGGCCCUGCGUCAGACCAACCUGUCGAUGAAGGAGCGUUUCGAGGGUCUGUCUGUGUGGCGGCAGAAGCAGAGGGAGGAGCGGGACUUCCUGGAGAGCAGGCUGGAGGAGGCUCGGGGCCGAAUGGAGGCGCUGACCAUCCAAAACCAGGAGCUGACCAAGAGGAUAGAGGAGGGGAAGACAGGGGGAGGCUUGCUGGCGACGUCACUCAAUCACAGUGCAGAGCUGGAUGCCCUUCGUGCCCAGGUUGCUCGCCUGCAGGCAGAGAAGAAUGACCUGGUGGCCAUGAACUCUGAGCUGCAGCUGAAGGCGGACCAGGACUCAAACAAUGACUCUUUCAUCGAGGUCAUCAGGGUCUCGGAUGGAGGCGUCGCUGGUGUGAAUGAUGUGUGUGGUACAGAGCGCAGCAGACGUCCAGAACUGAGCAUGACGGCGUCCCGGAUGGACAGUGAGGAGAUGACCGUCAGCCAGCUCCUCCAGUCACUGAGGAAUGAGACGCAGCGGGCCGAGCGGCUGCAGGCUGAUCUGCAGUCUUCUGCUGCCAGAAUAAGAGAGCUGGAGGAGAGGAAGAGUAAUGUAGAUGUAUCGACACAGACCACACAAGAAGAGACUACAGAGCCCAAAGAGGACUGUGGGCAAGAGGCAGCAUCUGAGGUGGAGAAUCUGAAGUCUCAGAUGAUGACGCUGUUCAAAGAACUGCAGCAGGCUCAGAGCAAGCUGGAUGAAGCAGAAGGCAUGAAGAAGAACCUGCAGGACAGAUGUCGGGAUGUGGAGCAGGACGUGGCCACCCUGAAGGCCCAGCUGGUGGAAAAGCAGGCCGUUCAGUCGGAGAAUGACCGGCUGAAGCUGCAGGUGGACAGCAUGCAGGCCCAGAGCCAGAUGGAGCAGAGGAAAGCUGGGGAGGAGAGGAGCAACCUGGCCCAGCUGAAGGAUGCCUACACCAAGCUGUUUGAAGACUACAAUGAACUCAAAGAGGAGAAGAAGAAGAGAGAGUCUCAGCUGGUGCAGAAGGAGGUGGUGGACCAGCUGCAGGAGCGGCUGACUGCUGCUGAAGAGGCCCUGGCUAAAAAGCAGGAUCACAUUGAUCACAUGAAGCAGGAGAUCUUCCAGAAGGAGAAGGAGCUGGAGACCAUAUCUGUGUUCCAGGCUCAGGCUGAAGUUUACUCCUCAGACUUUUACGCAGAGCGAGCAGCGAGGGAGAAGCUCCAUGAGGAGAGGGAGCGUCUGGCUGCUCAGCUGGAGUAUGUGAAGAAGCAGAACAGCCAGCUGCAGGAGGAGAUGGAGUCACUCGGCAGGCGGUCACUGAACGAGAUGCAGAGGAGACAUGUGUCACUGGGAGGAAAUCCACUAGGAGCUGGUGCUGCUCUGGUUGGAAGAAGUACAGACUGGCAGGGGGGAAAUAUUCCCGAACACGCGUGUCCAAAGUGCAACGAGAUCCUGCCAGACCUGGACUCUCUGCAGAUCCACAUCAUGGACUGCAUCAACUAGACCUCCAUCUUUACAAGCACCCACAGCAACAGCGGCUACAUUAGCACCUUAAUCUGAGUCUUCCUCUGCUUUUACCUGUACCUCUUCUCGGAUCCCUGAGAAAACCUGCCAUAGUUCCAUGAUCAACUCAGUAACACUCAUUCUAGGACGGGAACACCUUGCUUUUGGUAGAAUUGAAGUAGCAGGAUUUAAAAAUGUAUUGAAGGUACUUCUAAAAACUACUGGCCGUGUCUAGUUUGUGAAAUUUGAGGAUGAAGAUUUAGAAUGGAACAAAGUGUUGUGGGGCGUCAUCUGGCACAUAGUCUGUUUGUCACUGUAACAACUGAAAGGAAAAGAGAAAGUGCUCGAACCCUUUGAUAAGUUGGUGCUUUCUGCCUGUCAUGCACACAUUCAUUAAGUACGUUCAGCAUUUACAAGUCAAGUUUGUUUACCAAGUAUUUGGUUGCUGAAUGCUUUAUUUUUUGAAGGUUUUCUCGUCAAAUUAAAAUGAGAUUCUUUCUAUAUUUUUAGCUUGGAAAGGGUAUUUUAGCUCAUGACUGUGUUGGUGGGAGCAUGCACCACGUAGGCACUUUAAUAUGAAGAGAAAUAUUUUAUUUUGACUCUGCAGAUGACACCUGGUAAUCAGAACGUAAUAUAUUUAACUUGUUAAUCAACCUAUCACUAUAUAUGACACCCGCUGAUUCUGUAGUGUGUACAUUAUAAAGGUCCUUUGAUUCCAUGCAGUACCUCUGUGAAUGGAAAUAAAAUAAUCUGCAAAUUUCUGUAUGUCUUUAGACAUACUGUGAUAUAAGAAAA